AUGGAGCUGUGGAACGACAGGCACCUCGUGUGGCUGAGGAACCGCGGGACCGGCGACUACCUCCACGCCGACGACGACGGGGUGGGCGUCUCCCUCCAGGAGCGCGGCGCGUCGCUGAACACGGCGUGGGCGGUGCACGUCUACCGCAACGACAACGGCAUGUACCUGCUCCUCCACAGCGCCGCCUACGGCAGCUACCUCGCCGCCACGGCCACGCGGGCGCGGCGCGCCCACCGCGGCUUCCGCGUCGUGCAGCGCAACUACGACGAGCCGGAGGUACAGGCCAUCAUGUGGCAGGUCAUCGGGGCCGGCCCUGGGACCGGGAACGCCGUCGUGCUCCGCAACAUCGGCGGCCGCUACCUCCGCGCCAACGGCAAGUACCUCCUCUUGAACAACGGCGUCACCGUCGACGACUACGACAACAUCAGCAACAUGAUGCACUGGAUCGUCGAGCCCAUCCCCGCAAGAAUGGGCAUGCCUGCCAUUUCAGAUCGCCCGGUCAAGGUGCAUCUCCCCGGAGACUUCUCCGUGGUCUUUCUCCGGCGUCCGGUGGACCCGUUCCGGCGGGUUCGGUUCGUGCGGGGGGACAACGAAGGGAACUACCCCGAGGAGGGCUGGUCACAGUUCCGUUACAGGGGGAGGUCCGUGUACGCCCUGAGGAACGAGCUGGCCCGCCGCCUUGGCUGCAUCGACCGCUCCCUCAAGCUCAACCUGUACGUCAGAGCGGGCCGCUUCGGGAGGCUGACUCGACUCGUGGAAAACCUUCCCCGUCACCGUCAUGAAGUUACCAUAGAGAUUGUCGUCUUCGAGGACAGGGCACCAGCGGCCCGUGCGCUGCGACACCCGGACGACGUCGACUGGAUGGAGCGUAGAGAUAGCCCAGAGCGGCCUGCAGCUGUUUAUGGCCGAGAUGCGUAUCUUGCUGGAUACUUUGGGCACCACUAG